AUGCCCCCUUUGGACCGCGGGCAAAACGUGGUCUUCAUCGUCGACCCAGGCGUCAUGUCCGAGCCGUCCGAAACCUACACCCGAGCACACAACGUGUAUUCGAGAACACCGUCGGUGUUCACCCACGUGAUCACCGGCAACGUCAAGGCUGCUGGGAUGUUCGCCUCGGAGUUUCCAGGGGUAGCGACGUUCGGGUGCUUCGACGUGGGCUCAUACAAGGCCGGCCAGUGUAUCAGGUCGCAGCUGGCCAAAGCCAAGAUUGGCCGGUACCAGGCCUGGGACCUUCUUCCUCGACAGUGUGAUAUGGAAGCUCGGCUACUUUUCCGACAUGGAACGGACGAGGAUCAAGAGCUGCUUUGCUGCAGAUUGGGAGUGCUCCACUCACUCACUCACUCACUCACUCACUCGAUCAGGUCGGCACUGAAGCGGCGAAAAACGUUGGGCGUCACCGCCGGGCACUUGACCUACAUCGUGGGACGUGAAGUUUUUCACUUCUGCCGGAGCAUCAAUCCCAUCGAUGCAAAGCCGCACAAGCACCUGACAAUGCCGGCCGGGUCUGGUGACUCGUCGGCCAGUUGGCUGACGAUUCCGCUCCCUCACCCCUCCACACUGCGACCAUUGGUGAGUAAGGCCGACAAGCAGAAGGCGGUGCUCAUGAAGUAUGACAGCAGGAACCAAAAGAAGGAUGCCAAUGCCAAGGCGCUCAACGAUGAGGAUGUUGUGCAGCAUGCAGCAGAGAUCGGUGAGGAGGAGCUGCAGCCGUUGAAUUACCUGGCGAGACAUGGCAGCUUGCACAAGGAGCUGUGGCACCUUCUGGAUGCGGGACGGCUGGUCAGCUUCAGUCCAGAGUUCAAUCAGCUAUCCGCAGCCAUGGAGCAGCGACUCUUCACCAUUGCUCUGGUGCGAAGCAGCCUCCACGAGGACCUGCUGAAGAAGGAAUUGCUCGAGUGGGUGACACAGGAGCUGCAGCGUCCUUCCAACGACCGUUUCUUCCGGCCUCAUCUGGCACCGCCUCAGAAAGACGUCGUCGAGGUGGCCCCUGCCGCCGGGAGGCCCCGAUUGAGACACGUCCUGGGAGCACGAGCAACUGCCCGGGACAGACCGAGGAUCAGGAGGAGUAUGGCGGCGAUGACGGAGAGAUCCCUGGGCUGCUGCAGAACAUGGACGAGGACGAGGACCCGGAGGCUCAGGAGGAGUUUGAGGAGGAUCUUGAUGAGGGCAAUGCCUAGGAAGUUUCACGACUGA